UUUGUUUUUCUUUCCAUUCUUUUUUCUCUUUUGAUGUGAUGAUGGUCAAAAAACACACCCUCUAUUACUUUUUUUUUUUUCCGAGUUUCACACCCCAACUAUCAUUUAUUUUAUUUUUCUACCUAAUCAUUACCAUCUAUGUAUUAAAAUAUACCUUAAAAUUGACUAGACCAACUAUUAGUUGUUCUAUUUUUUUACCUGAGUUACCUGAGUUAUCACCAUCUGUUCAACUGGGUGUGUUUUAAUACAUAAAUGGUGAUGGUUCGGGUAGAAAAAAGUAACAACUAAUAGUUGAAGCGUGAACCUCGCGAAAAUGUUUUUGACCCAACUUUUUUUUUUUUUCUAAUCUUUUCUGGCACCAAUUUGUUAAUUUAUUUGAAUUUGGGUUCUAGUAUUUGCGUAGAAUCCAAGUAAAGUAAUUCGUGUUAUUCUCUGUUCCUGCCGUAGUUCCUUUUGCUAGUAUAUUUUAUGUCAAUGACUUUAGAAAAUACAAUGUAAGGUGAGAAGAAAGGAAUAUUUGUGUAGCAUUCUAUAUAUCAGGGUGUCCAUUUUCUCUUCGUAUUUGAUUUUUACAUCACAAAGGAAUUAUAGCCAUUUUUGUUCUUGAGUAUUAUCCCAUUCUGUCGUAGCCACUGGAAUGUCGAAAUUUUGUGAAAUAUUUAGUUCCAGGGAGCUUCUCACAGUUAGAUACUUGUGAUGAUAAAGAGCAAUCAGACAUGAGAAGAGCACCGGAAUCAGAAAAACCACCAGCACAGUACCCUAUUGGGGCUAAGGUGACAAAUAUAUCCGAUGCCCAUGACUUUCUGGAUAUGGACUUCACUGUUCCUCUUCAAACAUGGGAAGGAAACAAUUUCUAUCUGGAGCAAGAGGAACUUAUGCCUAUUGCUGGUACAAUCAAGCGAUGUGAUGAUUCCGUUGAAGAUAGUGCCUUUAUUUCAUUCCAUGGAGCAAGUCAUCCACCAGAACCUGUUGAUACUGACCUAAUGAAACCAGUCUAUGUACCAAUCGGUCCGAAUAAAGUAGAUGGUAAAUGCCUAGUAAAAAGCAUGUCUCUCAAGGGUCCUUCCCUGGAUGAUAUUUCAUUUCUUUCACCUGCUGAAAGAUGGGCUGAAAAUCCAAAUGAUCUAGGUGUAGUAUCCUCUCCAUUUGUGGUUCCGCAUCCAUCUCAAAACACGUUAGCAAGUCUACCCCCUUAUUCUGAAGAAAAAGAAUGUCUUUGGGAUGCAUCAGUAUCCUCAAGCAGCAAUGUUAGUCCAUAUAGUAGCACUGAUAGUACUGGUGUUGGCACAGCUAUGAGCAUUCCAUAUAGGAGUGAUCGGUUGAUGAGUGAAAGCUUGCUUAUUAUGGACAGAAACUGUGAGAGCACGAAACUGAAUAUUCAUGGGGAUUCGCUAGAAAGUGCUAAAACUAGCUUUAGCAGAGCAAGCGAUAGCAGUGAACUUAGUGAUGAUAGUAACUGGAGUAAUAUUACUGGCAGUGCCAAUAAGCCUCACAAAGGGAGUGAUCCCAGAUUCAAGGCUAUUCUUGCAAUACGGGCACGUGAUGGUAUAUUAGGCAUGAGUCACUUUAGGUUACUGAAAAGACUUGGUUGUGGUGACAUUGGCACUGUUUAUCUUUCAGAGCUAAACGGGACUUGCUGCGAUUUCGCAAUGAAAGUGAUGGAUAAGGCAUCGCUCGCAAGUAGGAAAAAAUUAAUCCGUUCUCAGACCGAAAAAGAAAUCCUUCAGCUGUUAGACCACCCAUUCUUACCAACAUUGUACACUCAUUUUGAAACCGACAGAUUUUCAUGUUUAGUCAUGGAAUAUUGCCCAGGAGGAGAUCUAUAUACUCUACGACAAAGACAGCCUGGGAAGCAUUUUUCAGAAUAUGCUGCAAGGUUUUAUGCCGCAGAAGUUCUAUUGGCUCUCGAAUAUCUUCACAUGCUAGGUGUACUUUACAGAGACUUAAAGCCUGAAAACGUUCUAGUGCGUGACGAUGGCCACAUCAUGCUCUCGGAUUUUGACCUAUCCCUAAAAUGUGCAGUUUCACCUAUGGUCAUAAGGACCUCAUCUGAUGAUCCCUCUAAACGAGGAGCUGCCUUCUGUAUUGAACCCACGUCUACAUGCAUUCAGCCAACAUGCUUCCUCCCCCGAAUAUUUCCUCCAAAGAGCAAGAAAAGAUCACAAAAGCCUCGAACCGAGCUUGGUUUUCCUGCUAAUGCUGUGCCUGAGCUAGUUGCGGAACCUACUGCAGCACGGUCAAUGUCAUUUGUUGGAACUCAUGAAUACUUAGCCCCUGAAAUUAUCAAGGGAGAAGGCCAUGGCAAUGCAGUUGAUUGGUGGACAUUUGGCAUUUUUCUGUAUGAGUUACUAUAUGGUAAAACCCCAUUUAAGGGAUCAGGAAACCGGGCAACUAUUUUCAAUGUAGUUGGACAACAGCUGAAGUUUCCAGAUACUCCUGCAACGAGUUAUGCUAGCCGAAAUCUGAUUCAAGGCUUGCUCGUUAAAGAACCUCAACACCGACUCGGGGUGAAAAGAGGAGCAAGUGAGAUCAAGCAACACCCUUUCUUUGAAGGCGUUAAUUGGGCCCUGAUUCGUUCCAGUACUCCUCCUGAAGUGCCAAGACACGUUGAACCUGAGCUUCCACGGAAGUUUAAACAAGCGGAACCUGUUGGAGUUUGCAGUAAAAGAAUUGUAGGAACAGAUGUGAAUUCUGUGGGUAAUUAUCUUGAUAUUGAGUUCUUUUAGUCUAGGAUUAUAGGAUUCUUGUCUAGAAUUUUAUCAGCUUCCUUCAUUUAUCUUUCUGGUUUUGAGUUACACUUAACCACAAAAUAGAAUUGCCACUUACUAAACUCGUAGGUUUGAAGAAGAUUCAGUCACAAACGGUGUUCUCUCCUAUCGUUUUAGCAAUGAAUUGGGCAAAUCUGAAAAUGAUAG